CUGUAUUUGCCAACAUCAGGGACAGCAAAGGAAGAAACUGCUCAGGAAGAACCUGAAUGCCUUGUGAAAUAUUUCAGUGUUGUGUGGUGUAAGGCAUCAAAGAAAAAGCACAAGAAGUGGGAAGGCGAUGCUGUUCUUAUUGCAAAAGGAAAGUCAGUAAUACUGAAAGAUAUGGAAGGCAAAGACAUUGGAAGAGGUACUGGAUAUAAGUCUAAAGAGCUAGACAGUCUUGAUGAAGGCCAAACACUGAUGGUUGGAGGAAAAGAAAUUGAAGUGAUGGGUGUAAUUUCAGCAGAUGACUUCAGCAGUGGCAGGUGUUUUCAGGCUGGAAUCGGGACGCCUGACACUGUGUCAACUGCUUUAUCUCAAACUAAUAUGAAACCGUUUCGUAAGCCAUUCAAAAGUGUUUGUCAAUCCAAUACUAAAGAGAACAUGCUCAGAGAUUCUCAAGGCUGCAAACCUCGCCAUGAUCCAAACGCUUCAAAUUCUCUAGUUAUGCCAAGACCAAAUGCAAGUCAUCAGUGGACAUUCAAUAAGGCUGGUUUACCUAUGGUGGAUGUAGUUGUGGAUCCUUACAUUGCAAAUAAUCUCCGACCCCAUCAGAAAGAAGGAAUAAUAUUUCUAUAUGAAUGUGUAAUGGGAAUGAGAGUCAGUGGCCGAUUUGGAGCUAUUCUUGCUGAUGAAAUGGGCUUAGGCAAAACAUUGCAAUGCAUUGCACUUGUCUGGACUCUUCUGCGUCAAGGGGUCUACGGAUGCAAACCGGUACUAAAGCGAGCACUGAUUGUCACCCCGGGGAGUCUGGUAAAAAACUGGAAAAAAGAAUUUCAGAAAUGGUUGGGAAAUGAAAGGAUCAAAGUCUUCACAGUUGAUCAGGACCACAAAGUAGAAGAAUUCAUCGGUUCUCCACUUUAUUCGGUUUUGAUAAUCAGUUACGAGAUGCUACUGCGAUCUUUGGACCAAAUUCAGGCUAUAGAAUUUAACCUCCUAAUCUGUGAUGAAGGACAUCGUUUGAAAAAUAGCUCUAUUAAGACAACUACAGCCCUCACCAGUCUGUCUUGUGAGAGGAGGAUUAUCCUUACUGGUACUCCAAUCCAAAAUGACUUACAAGAAUUUUAUGCAUUAAUAGAGUUUGUGAAUCCAGGAAUACUUGGCUCUUUAUCCACAUAUAGAAAGGUAUAUGAGGAGCCAAUUGUCAAGUCUAGAGAACCUUCAGCAACAAAGGAGGAAAAGGAAUUAGGAGAAAAAAGAGCAGUGGAACUCACACGCCUCACUGGACUCUUUAUUCUUAGGAGAACACAGGAGGUCAUAAACAAAUUUCUGCCUCCCAAAAAAGAGAGCAUAAUCUUCUGCCGGCCAACAGCACUGCAACUUGAAUUGUAUCGCAAACUGCUUAGUUCUCCAGUUAUUAGGUCCUGUCUGCAAGGCAGGCUAGAAAACAGUCCUCACCUAAUAUGCAUAGGAGCUUUGAAGAAACUUUGCAAUCAUCCGUGUCUUCUGUUUAAAGCUGUAAAGGAAAAAGGCUGUGAUCCUCUAUCUGAUGAGCAUGAUGAGUCCAGUCUCUACGAAGGUGUAAUAGAUGUCUUCCCACAAGAUUAUACUUCGGACACUUUAGCAGAAACAGAUUCAGGAAAAUUGCAGGUGCUGAUGAAGUUGCUGGCAGCAAUCCAUGAGCUCAGCUCUUCUGAAAGAGUCGUACUGGUCUCCAAUUACACUCAGACAUUAAACAUUUUACAGGAGAGCUGCAAACGUUAUGGAUACUCUUAUACUAGACUUGAUGGACAGACUCCUGUUUCCCAGAGACAACAGAUUGUUGAUAGUUUUAAUAGUAAAUUCAGUCCGGCGUUUAUCUUUUUGCUGAGUUCGAAGGCUGGCGGAGUAGGACUGAAUCUGGUCGGAGCAUCUCAUUUCAUCCUGUAUGAUAUUGACUGGAAUCCAGCUACAGACAUUCAGUGUGAAUUAGGACCCUCGUGUGGACACUUGUCUUGUUGCUUGGAACACGGUCUGCUAAAUCGGUCAAAAUUGCUGCAGGUUGACAAAGACCGCAAACCGUCUUGGGGGUACUGGUACCCAGAAU